AUGAGUGGAACCUGGGCCCUGCGGUUCUUCCUUCUGUGCCUGGCACCGGCUCUUUCGCCUGCCGUGAAGAUCAACGCCAAAGGCCGAGAGGUCAUCUAUCUGGCCAAGGGGGAGUCGGUGAAGCUGGGGUGUCCGUUUGAGCUGGAGCCCCAAGAUGACGGCCCCAAUGACUUGGACAUCGAGUGGACGCAGAUGAAUGCCGAUCCCACGAAUUUGGACAACGUGAUCCUUAGCUAUCACGGCCAGCAAGUGAUCCACCCCGGACACCCAUAUUUGCACCCAAGGGGGCGCUCUGGCAGCCAAGAUGCAAGCCGGUUUAGUAACCCAGGAUUUCAGCAGAGCGAAGGUGGCCACCGUUUCGGUUCUCCCAACAACUGCUGUUCUGGCCUGCAACAGCGGGUGAACUUCGCUGUCUCCGAUCCAAGCCAGCACGAUGCAUCCAUCAAUCUCCAAAAUGUUCAGGUUUCCGACUCGGCUACUUACGAGUGCAAAGUGAAGAAGACCACCGUAGCCUCCCGUAAAGUGACUGUCAUGGUGCUCGAGAGACCCUCAACUCCCCAGUGCUCGAUCUCUGGCAAGGUUUUCCUUGGCCGUCAAGUUACCCUCCGUUGUGUCUCUCAGUCCGGCACCCCUCCGCUCAUGUAUCGCUGGACCAAAAUAGCAGAUUACCCCCUGGAAAGUGAGCUACCCCCUAGUACCAUGGCAGGUUCCAAUCCGGGGGAUCUGCUCAUUCACAAACUAUCACAUAACCAUUUUGGGGUUUACCAGUGCACUGUGUCCAACAAAGUUGGAUCAGCUUGGUGUACUCUGGAGCUCUCACCCGAUUCCCAGCUCGUGACCAUCAUCGUGGGGGCCGUGCUCGGCUCGCUGCUCUUCCUGGUCCUUCUCAUCUGCCUCAUUGUCGGACUCGUCCGCUGUUGCAAGAAGAAGCAGAGCAAGAAGGAGUCCAGCCAGAUCAGAGUGGACACUGCUCCCCCACGGCCCAGAGGGGAGAGCCGGAACAGCAGCUUACGCUCCGUGUUGGGGUACAUCCCCCAUAAUAUCAGCUUCAUGCAGCGCCGGAAAUACGAGUCCCCCAAAGAGCAGGAAGCCAUCGAGAUGGUCCCUCCAAAUCAAGACCCCGAGGCAACCUUGGGUCCCUGCAGCCCGGCCCCUGGGAGCGGUCAUCCUUCGGUGGUGACCACCAAGGCCCGCGUUCACUACGACCCCAAAGGGCCUUCCUACAGCCACGCAAAGUCUGCCGUCUCGGGGUCUUCAAACCCCCAGGGCCACGAGAGUCCAAACUCAGGACGAAAUGAGUCGGCACCCCGGGACCGGGAGGUGGCCCAGGGAAAACGGGGCCAUCCCGGCCAGUACGGGGGCGUCCCUGUCAUGAUGCCAGCUCAAACCCGAGAAGGACUCGCCAUCUAG